AUGUAUAAUAACCAGAUCUAAUACAAAAAGACCAGAAGUUAUAGAAUCUACGAAAGAAGAAGUUCUUUUAGGAAAGGCAAAGAUUCUCUUUCUUUAAAUCUACUCUGUGAAAGCAAACAAUAUUGGUACUCAAUUCUCUAAUAUCAUAAGAUUUUGAAGAGUUUCCCUUAACAUCUAGCAGCACUUUUAUAUUUAGGAUUAAUUUAUAAACAAGAAGAAAAUUUAAAAAAAGUGAUAAAUAUUAAAAUUAUCCUACAUCUAUCAAAAUUUAGAUAAUAAUUCAGAAAAUUAGAUACUCUUAUAAAUUUAUAGACGACAAUAUCCUGAUUAAUCUAACAAUUAAUUUUCACUUUAAAAUAGUCAACGAUACCAUUAAUCUACCUAAUCUUUAUCAAAAGAUUUAUUAAAUCAAAUUUUUGCCUCAACUAUUUUAGGAAGUUUUUCACUCACUGUAAUCAAUUGGAAAAAAAGAUAUACUUAUUUAUUUAUAUAUGCUUGGAAUUCUACUAGGAUUUUUGGAUAUCUUGGAUUAAAUUCCCAUAAAUUUAAAUGCCUUAGUUUUGAAAUAUUUAUGUUAAGCUUAUUAGCACUAUAUUUAGAUCAAGAUAUUUUUGUAUGAUAAUAAUUUUAUUAAUUAUUAUAUCAUUAAUAAUUCAAGAUUAAUUCUAAUUUACAAUUAAUAAUUAAUUCUAAAAAACACCUAAAACAUUUAUUCAUUUUACAUAAUACAAUUAUCAAGUUUUUUAUUAUUUAAUUAAAAAGGUAAAAAAAAUUUUAUAGUAAAACAUGGAAUUAAAAAAUAAGAAUAUAAUAUCCUUAAAUUUCUGUUUUGA